AUGGCCCAAUUAACACCGAUAAGAGGGUUUAAUAAUACCCCAGUAUCCAAGACAAUAUGUAUAGUCAGCACGUUGGUGGCAUUGGGGCUUUCUAUAUUCCAGAUGAAACAUUAUGUUCGGUUAUCGAUAGAUCCAUAUAUAUUGGAGUAUGCGCAGUACUGGAGGGUGCUAACUUAUGAGAUGUCGGUGAUCAAUGAGUCUGAUUACAUGUUGUGUGUGCUACUCUGGUUCCAGUACAAGAACUUGGAGAGGUUCUAUGGGUCGCGGAAAUACGUGUCGUUGAUAGUGGUGUUUGCGUUGUACAAUUCGAUAGUGUGUUUUCUUAUCAUGAAUUUGGGGCAAUUGGGGGUGAAUUUUGUGGUGUACUUAGUAUCGUUAAUUGCUAGUGGGGGAAAGGGGGAUAUUGAAUAUAAUACAACCGUGUUCAACCAGGUGGCACUGGGCCCAUUGGGCAUUUUGUCGUCGUUCUACAUUUGCUAUGGGGCAAAUAUACCUACGUCGUAUAAGUUUAAAAUAUUGUUAUCGAAGCCUACGUUACUGGACGAUGGGGAGGUACAUCCAUCUAAUUCAAGCAAGGAACUAGUUCUUACGAACCAUUUCCAGAUCCAUAUUAUUUAUACGUUAUUGCUUCUCAAUAAUGGAUUGGGAUCAAUAAUACCGUGUUUGGUAGGUAUAGUCAUAGGGAAAUUGUAUUCAAACGAGUUACUUCCGGGUGCCAAGAACUGGCUAAUUCCCGUACGUGUCUUUGAGGCAUUCAUGCAUCCUCGCAAGUUUGGAAGCAGCUUAUUAUCAUCCACCAGGGGAAUACGCAGUGGUGGCUACCAGACCAUCAACAAUGCUAACGCUAAUGCAAAUGAGCUGAUUGCCGAUGAGGAUGCAGAGGAAGUUCUAGAUGAAGGCAGGAGCAAUAACCGUGCCCAUGAAAUCAGAGCAGAAACCCCUGUUAGGCCAUUGGGCAGCCAGUUCUUGGACACAUUCAGAACGUGA